AAUUAAAAGAGAUGUACUUCUAUCUCUGAAGGAAAAUGGCGUCAGUAUCCAAGGUUGCUGUAUCCCGGAUAAUCCAGGCCAGCAGUGACGAAGGUCCAGCGAAGAAGAGUCGGGAUGAGUACAGGAAAGCGAAGGAGCUCGAAGAGGCUCGAAAACUUGGAACAGAACCCGCGGCAGUAGAUGAAGAAGGUCGAGAUAUCAACCCUCACAUACCUCAAUAUAUCUCUGAUGCUCCUUGGUACCUGGACCCUAAGGGACCAACCUUAAACCAUCAAAGGACCCAGGAAGAGAAAGUUAAAGUCUACUCCGGAAUAACGGAAUGGUAUCACAGAGGUGUAGAUACUUCAAAAACCGCGACACGGUAUAGAAAGGGAGCCUGUGAAAACUGUGGAGCAGUGACGCACAAGAAGAAGGAUUGUUUGGAGCGUCCAAGGAAGGUUGGAGCCAGGUUUACUGGAGCUAACUUUGCUCCAGAUGAGUUCCAGCAACCUACUCUGGAUCAAACCUUUGAUGCGAAAAGGGAUCGAUGGAAUGGAUUUAACAAUCUGGAUUAUCAGGAUGUUAUGGUUGAAUACAAAAAGCUAGAAGAUGCCAAGAAAGAAUUGAAAAAAGAAAAACUGUCUAAACCGAAACCCAACCCUGAAGAGGACGACGGAGACAAGAGCUCUGAGGAGGAGGACGACGAGGACAAGUAUGUUGACGACAUGGACAUGGUGGGAACCAAGGUUGACGCCAGUGAGAGAUACACCGUGAGAAACCUCCGGAUCAGAGAGGACGUUGCCAAGUAUUUGCGUAACCUGGAUCCCAACUCUGCUCACUACGAUCCUAAAACCAGAUCUAUGCGUAAAAAUCCGUACGAAGGAACCGGAAAGGCGAUGGACGAAGUGGAUUACGCCGGAGACAACUUCGUCCGGAUAUCCGGGGACACCGUGAACCACGCCAAGAGCACCAUGUUCGCCUGGGAGGCUGCGAGGAAAGGUUUGGAUGUUCACAUGCUCGCAGAACCGACCAAACUCGAGGCAUUGAAAUCCGAGUUUGAGACAAAGAAGGAUCAGUUUAAGUCUGAGAUGAACCAGGGGAUCCUGGAGAAGUAUGGAGGCGAGGAGUACCUUGAAGCUCCACCUAGGGAGCUCUUGUUCUCCCAGACAGAGGACUAUGUGGAGUACUCCAGGCACGGGAAGGUUCUCAAGGGAGAGGAACAAACUAUUGUCAGAUCCCAAUAUGAAGAGGAUAAUUUCCCCAACAAUCACAAGAGUGUAUUUGGUUCCUGGUGGAGCAAUGGAGAAUGGGGAUUCAAAUGUUGUCAUUCAACUAUUCUCAAUUCUUACUGCACAGGAGCUGCUGGUAGAUCAGUAGACAGUGCUACCCUCACACUCCCACCGAAAGCAGAGAAAGAGGAAUCUUCAGAUUCCGAAGCGGAACUAGAGCUGCAUAGCAAAACUGAAAAGAACUCCAAGAAAAAGAAGAAAAAGAAGAAGAGGAGCAAGAAGAAGAAGAAUAAGAAGAAGGACUCGUCCAGUGAUGGUUCGUCCUCCAGUGAUUCGGACGAGGACGAGGAGAAGGAGAAGAAGAAGAAGCUGAAGGACGCCAUGAAGAAGCUGGAGGCGGAGCAGGCGGAGGCGGAGAGGAUGCUUAAGACGGAUGAGAGGAAAAGACCGUAUAAUAGUAUGGGAGAGGCGAAAGCUCCGACGGAGGAGGAUUUGGAGGCGUACUACCUGAAGCGGCAGCGGAGUGAUGAUCCCAUGGCGAACUUUCUUUAAAAUUUUGUUAAAAUUAUUAAAAUUUAGAUUCCUGCUGUAUUCAAUUAAUACAAUUAAAACCAUUCAUUUCUAUAAUUAUUGUGAUGAAGAAAUAAAUUCAGCUGUAAACGAUUUCAGA